GAAGCCGGUAAACAGCAUGGGCAGCGUGGUUCUCUGAUGAGCUGCUCGUACUGAGAGUUUGGCUUUUAUUUCUGUAUCAAGAUGCUGUUCUACAAGUGAAGAAUGAUGUUAGGUUUGAUGUCAGUAAGCAGCAGGACAGUCUGCACUCACAGGAGCCUCACUGAGCGGAUAAGAAGAGGAAAAACCCAGCAGCAGGCUCUGCGGUGGUUGACGUGUGGAGGUGUAGGUGGCGCUCUUGCUCCUCCUGUAGACUGCAGGGUUACAGUAGAGCAGGCGGUGAGCGUGUGGACGCAGUGCUUCCAGCAGCAUGGAAUCUCUGAGCCGCUCCUCUCCUCAAACUACAUCAUAGCUCACGUCCUGGGAAAGAAAACUAUGCAAAGUGUGGAAAGGAGGAGGCUCCGAGAAAGACUGAGUGAUAAAGAGAGAGAGAGGGUGUGGACGCUAUGUUCCAAACGUCUGACAAGGAUGCCGGUGCAGUAUGUGAUUGAGGAGUGGGACUUCAGGGAUCUGACCCUGAAGAUGAGACCUCCAGUGUUUAUUCCCCGCCCUGAGACAGAGGAACUCGUUAGUUUGGUGUUAAAGGAUCUGCGGUCACAGUGGGGAGUGAGAACUUUGCGAUGCUUGGAGGUGGGCUGUGGAUCAGGUGCCAUCUCUCUGAGCCUACUGCACAGUGUACCACAGCUCAAGGCACUUGCAUUGGACCAAAGCCAGGAAGCAGUGUGUCUCACUAAGGAAAAUGCAGACAGACUGGGGCUCCUGGACAGACUGGAAGUUUAUCAUUUAGAUAUUAUGAAGGAUGCUGAUUUGACACUAAGAAGCUGCAGUCCUGUUGAUGUAAUUGUUAGCAACCCUCCUUACCUGUUUUCUCAGGAUAUGGAGUCUCUGCAGGCAGAGAUUCUCAGGUUUGAAGACCACUCAGCAUUGGAUGGGGGUUUGGAUGGCAUGUCAGUAAUCAGACAGAUUCUAACUCUAGCACCAAGACUCCUAACAGAUGAAGGUCGUAUGUAUCUAGAGGUGGAUCCACGCCAUCCUCCACGCAUAAAGGGUCUGGUAGAGGAAAGCAUGCUGGGGUUGCAGUAUUUGGGAUCACACUGUGAUUUCACUAACAGGUUGCGGUUCUGCAUCCUACAGAAGAGAGGAUGAACUAAAAGAGGUUUGAGAGUGACUUGAGGUAAAAGCCAAGAAAGAGGGACAUAGACAGCACAUAGCUUGAGAGAAAGUUGAUAUGGAAGUGAUGGCUCAAGCAACACACAUGAAGAACCGUAUUCAGCACCGUUCUGCCAAAGUGAAUUGCUUACACCUCACCUCAUAUCAUAGCCUACUGGGGUUCUGAGGGGUGUUUAAGGUGUGAUUUUUAAUCCUGAAAUGGAUUAUAAUGGAAAGGCAGACCUGCCAAGGUGCUGAGCUUUUGUCUUCUCACCAGUUACUAAUCCACACAGUGUUCUAGACGGAAGACCUGACCAUAAAUGAUAGAUGAAAGUGUUAUAAUAAUGCUUAAAAUAACAAAUUGUGAACUGUUUGGCUUUUUUUUUUUUUUUUUUUUUUUACAUUUUGAAGUUGUUACCAUGCACGUAGGAUUAUUUGUUUAAUAAAACAGUCUUGAAUUUG